AUGAAAACUUCAUAAUAUCUCUUUAUAACUGCUAUCCUAGUAAUCUUGUUGGAAUCUUCUUAAGCAGUAAAAACUAAUGCCUAGAAGACAAAACUCUCUCAAUCAUUAAGUUUUAUCAAAACCAAGCUCGCAAGCAGAAAUUAAGACAACUCUACUAAUUCAACUGAUAGCAACGGCGAUUCAGAAAGCAAUUCAACCAAUUCUAACGAUGAUUUACCAGUUAGUUGUCCUAACGGUCCCUACAACUUAGAUGAAUAUGACUAGGAAAUCUUUGAUAACCUUGUUGAUGAUGCUUGGCAAGUUGUUUUAGACUACGGAUUAUAUACUUAUGAUCAAGAGGAUACAUUCAGAGAAGAAGCUGUAGAUUCUCUUCAGGAAAUCUGCUACUAUGUCCAGUUCGAAACUUUUGUGAAUGAAACUAGAGAGGCUCUUAACUAUCUCAGACAAGCCAACUAAACCUUAGUUCAAUGGACCCCAUCUGCUGAAGAUUUGAAAUAAGUUGAUAAACUAGUUGCACAGUAUCUAGUUGAAUUACUACUAGUUAAAGAAAAAGAAAUUAGAACUCUAGCUGAGUCUUUGACUAACUCAAGCAGAAAUGAAAAUGAGUUCAAUAGCUCUGUCUCUUAUCUUGAAACAUAAGUCAAGAACAAAAUUGAUGAACUUAAUGGAUACUACAGUGGCAGCUAAUACAAAGCACAAACUAAGAAUACGAUAAAAAGAGCUCAAGUCAAAAACUUCUGGGAUAAUGUUGUUGCAAAAGAAUGA